UUUAAUAAUUUCGAAAACUUAUUUCAUGAGUUUACGAAUUUCAUUCACACUCGGUAGAAACUCUUGUUAUUCGAACUGGGGUUGAGGACAUUAGAAACUGCGCGAAAUCGCGCAGGCUCUGAUGAACGAUCAUGUGAUGUGUGUCAAAUGUCAAACAAUUUUCACAGGAUGCUAAAGAAUUCUAUAUUCAUUAACUAAUAGUGACACUGAAUCACAGAGAAGGUAAACGUUAAAAUGUACAGCUUUGACACCUCUGUGAUACUCCUUUUGACAAUUUUUAAUUGACGAUAGCAUUUUAGAAUGUAGUAUAAAUCUGUUACAAAACCUGUAUUCACGUGUUAUUUAAUUUAUUGUAAGCAUGGACGAGAUUGUGGUAUCGAAGACAACACCUACAGACAAUCUGUACCUUGCUUUGGCACAAUGUUUUGCUAUAAUACUAUGCGGAUAUGUGGCAGGCCGUUUGGGCAUUAUAAGAAGAUCUGAGGCAAAUGGUUUAAAUACAUUUGUCGGAACAUUUACACUUCCAUCAUUAAUAUUUCUCUCAUUGGCAAAAUUAGACUUUGGUUUAGUGAACUGGCGUUUCUUACUGGCAGUCACCCUGGCUAAGAGCUGUGUCUUUUUUAUUGUUCUUGUCAUUAGCAUGCUUGUUUCUAAACCAUGGAAUCCUGGACGGAGUGCAUUGUUCGCCAUUUUUGCAACGCAGAGUAAUGAUUUUGCCAUAGGGUAUCCAAUGAUUGAUGCUCUGUACCAUAAUACACAUCCAGAAUAUUCAGCAUAUCUCUAUCUAAUGGCACCGAUCUCUCUAGCUAUUUUAAAUCCGAUUGGUUUCGUUUUGCUUGAGAUAGCAAAACGGAGGAAUCAAGAACAGAGCAACUGGUCUCUCUUCAUUGCAACUGUAAAGGGUAUCGCCUUGAAUCCUGUUUUAGCAAUGACAGUAUUAGGAAUAAUAGGCAACUUGAUCUUCAGCCAUUCAAUACCAGCAAUCCUCUCCGCGAUCUUGGAAGUCUUCGGAAAUGCAUUCUCUGCAAGUGCUCUCUUUCUCCUGGGCUUGAUGAUGGUGGGAAAGAUCCACACAUUACGUGGAAUUGCCCUACUUAUACCUGGAAUUUUGAUUUCCGUAAAACUUCUUGUUUUACCAUUGGUCAUAAGAGAAUCGGUCAUUCUUCUGAAUGCUGGCAUUAAUUGUACGGAUACCAACGAUCUGAGUACCUAUGGUUUUCUCUAUGGAACUAUUCCAACUGCUCCAGCACUCUUCGUCUUCACUUUGCGUUAUAACGUGGACAUCGACCUCAUUGCAUCUGCAAUGGUCGCCUGCACGUUCCUCUCAGCACCGCUGAUGUUUAUUUCUGCAAAGAUGAUCGACGCUGUCAGUUCUGGAAUUUCUCCACAAGAUUAUGCUAAGCAAUUGAACGCCUUCUCUUUGGAUACCAGUGCAGCAGCUACUGCUGCUUGUAUCUGGUUGCUCAUUUGCUUCUUGGCUUUAGGUGGACAAAAGUACAAGAGACUCACUCAUCGGUGCACUUUGUGUAUUAUUAUUGCACAGCUCGCAAGUGCAGUUGGUGUGAUAAUCUGGACAAAGAUUGAUACUUCCAACGCUGGUGACUUACUUUGGUAUGUCCAAUUUGUCUUGAUAGUCGUUGGAGUAUAUGCAAGUCGAUUUUGGACUGCUGUGCUGGCAGCAACUAUUUUAUUUCUGAGUUCACGAACAGAAGAUGUCGUUAAAAAUGUUCAAAAAUGGUGUUUUCCCAUCGCUUGGGGUGGUCCUCUUUUAAUUGUAUCAAUAAUGUGCCUGUUCGCCAGUCCAGAAAAAUCAUUAGAAAUUGACCGUAGGAAUCCGAAUUUUCAAUUAGGAAGCACGCAAGCAGCAACCUCAAUGCUUGUUUUAAUAUUCUGUUUUGUUGUAACUCUGGGUUGUCUUAUUCUGCAACAACGAUAUCAGCGUAGAACCAGUAUUGUUGGUUAUUCAACAUUACCCGAUGCUCCACUUAUUCCUGAACCAACAAACACGAAUAGGAACGUAAGAGAUGUGGAGGACCUGGUCUCUUCUACUGCACUCCCGUGCGAAUUUGAUUGUUCAAAUGGGUCCUGCACGGCUAACGAAGAACAGCCUCCUCAUCAUCAAAAUUCAGAAUAUGAUGCCAGUGCAAAUAGAUCAGAAUCUGAUGAUCUUCAAAUACUUCGACAUCAGGUCCUCCUGAUCUUAUUGUUGUGUUCCAUGUUUAUUGGAUUGGUUUUAUCAAUUGGAACGUUGCUCUUGGAGCAAAUGACUGGAAUUUACGCUGAACUAGCUUUCCUGGAUGUCGCAUUGAAUUUUGGACAAUCAUUAAUAGCGUUUGCUAUUUUUGGAUUGGAUCCUGGUCUAGGAGCCUUAGGUUGCUGGUUGCGUAAAGUCUGUCGCACCUGGUGUGCAGCCAAAGAAAUUGAACUACCAGAAGAAGUGGAUUUAAGUCCAGAGGCUAAGAUGAUCAGGGAACAAUUUGCCAGAUGUCACUUGGUAGAAUGUCGGGCAAGGAUUUCCAUGUGUCGCAGAAGACUUCUUCAAGUUUAUGAGGGUGUCUUUACCGGUAAAAGUCUAGUUGAUUGGCUCAUAGAAGCCAACGUAGCGCAUGAUCGAGAGGAAGCUGUACGUUACGGUCGUUGCCUACUGGAUAGUAGAGUUCUUCGACACGUAGACGGUACUGAGCAUUUUCAGGAUAGAGAUAUUCUUUACACUUUCCGCACGUAGAUUUUAAUCACCUGACAUGGCAUUCACUCUCGAUUUUUACUAUUUUAUUUAGUUGAAAAAAAAAUUAGAUUCAAGAACAUAUUAGAUUAUUAAUUCUCGAUAUAAGUGAUCUGAUAAUAGCUGAAUUGAGUGAUUAUCUUUUCCUAUAACGUAUUUGAUCUUAUUUUACGUUUAUAUCAUUUUUAGCUUUUAUUUAUUUCUAACAAUUGCUAUCAGGGGCUCAAUCCCUGUGUUCGGUUUACAGCAAAUCGAUAGCAGCCAUUCGGUAUGCUGUACCAGAGGUAUAAUUAUUGUUUUUUCAAUUGUUUAUUAUCAUCAGUAACACAAUUAUUGUCUACUUCAUAGUUCAGCUAGAACAAAUUGAUAUACAUUUUAGUAAUUGAUAAUUCUAUGUUGUGCCCUUCUCAGAACAAAAUUUGAGUGAGCUCCCAUUUUUUUUUAUUAGAUAAGCGAUGGCUAUGUGUGAACAAAUAAGGAUAUUUGUUUAAGGAACAAUAUAGGCUUCAUACAGCUUUAGGAUUAUUGAUUGAAAAUGACUGUGAUAAGUCAAAAAACAAUACGAAUGGAGUGUAUGAAUUGUUUUAUCAUAGGUCGAUUGGUUUUGUUAUUAGCAAUUUUUGUUAGCUAUACAUUUGGUGUUAAGAUCCUCGACUUUCUCAUGUGAUAUGUAGCAAACAUAUAUUUUCUUACGGACAUGUACCAAAGAGAUGCAAGUAUUGGAAUAUAAUAUUUACAUCAUGAGUGAUUAACUUAUCCUUAUUAUUAUGUAUAUAGGAGUAAUAAAUACACGACGAUCAAAAUA